UUUUUUUUUGUUGUUGUCUUAUUGAAAAUCUUGAAAAUGGCUUUAGAAGACAAUUUAGAAGAUAAGCAGCCAUUGCUUCGUGAAGAAGAACGAAAAAAUAAUUUUCAGCAAGGACAAUCAACAGCUGGAAUUACAACCGAGUCAGCAACUGCAGAAUUAACAUUUGAAAAUAACACAUCUGUUACAAUAUUUGAAGCUGCUCAACGAGGUUCUUUUCAAACAAUUCAUUACUUGAUUAGUAAUAAGUUAGCAAGUGUUCAUGAUGUGGACAGUCAAGGUGCUACUGCUUUACAUUAUGCGACUUUAGCUAACAACGAUGUUUGCAUUAAAUAUUUGAUUGAUAAAGGAGCUGAUGUAAAUUCACCCGCUGGUGAACUACAAGCAACACCUCUUCAUUGGGCAAGCAGACAAGGUCGUUUAGGCGCAGUUCAUCGAUUGAUUAAAGAAGGGGCUGAUCCUUCUCUCAAAGAUGGUCAAGGCUUUAAUGCGCUUCAUCUAGCUGUUCAUUCCUCUCAUGCAAUGCUCAUCUUAUAUUUAUUAUAUCUAGAUAUGGAUAUCGACACUCCUGAUAUUGUAGGUGGCCAUACACCAUUAAUGUGGGCAGCCUAUCAAGGCCACGCACAGUCUGUUGAUUUAUUGUUGCGAUUUGGUGCUAGUGUCACGGCUUUGGAUCAUUCACGUUUAACACCACUUCAUUGGGCGGCUGUUCGAGGUAACAAAAUGUGUAUUCGAAAGAUGCUUGAAUAUGGAGCUGACGUUAAUGCGCGAGACCAGAAUGGAAAAUCAGUCAUGGAUUUUAUACAAGAAAAAAAAUUUGAAAAAAUUUGGGAGAGGGCUGUGUUAGAGUUUGAUGCUUUAGCAGAAGAUAAUCCAGCACAAAAAUCUCGCGUAGGAACAUAUCCUGGAUCACUAGGAAAACCAUUAUCAAAGAGCACAGUAAAUAUCAUAAGUUAUCUUGCGCCCUUCUUUGCAUUAGGAUUUGCAUUAAAAUGUCUUGCCAUAUUUUCUUGGUUUGUUGGAUUACCGCUUGCUCUGCUCACCUUUGUUGCAAUGCAUAUGGGGAUUUCAAAAUAUUUGAUUCCAGUAAUGAGCCAUGAUGCUAUCUGGAGAACACCUUAUUUUUCUAGUAUCUUUCAAGCCUCUGCAUUUUGGGUAAUAGUGACAUGGAUGUGGGUCCUUGUACCUUCAACUUCUCAUUUAUUAUUCACAAAUUUAAUAUUCUUGAUCACUUUCUUUAUCGCUAUGUUUGCGUUUUUUAAGGCAGUUACUGUAGAUCCUGGUUUUAUUAAAAAAGAUGUAUCGAGAGAGAAACAGCAGAAGGCAGUACAAGAAUUAGCAGAUGAAAAUAGACUAGACAUUAGACAUUUUUGUUUAACUUGUUUAAUCAAAAAGCCUUUAAGAUCAAAGCAUUGCAAGAUUUGUAACCGAUGUGUAGCAAAGUUUGACCAUCAUUGUCCCUGGAUUUUCAACUGUAUCGGAAUUCAUAAUCAUAGACCAUUUUUAAUAUUCUUAGUUAAUAUGGUAAUUGCUAUCAUUUCAUUCUCUAUCUUGGCUAUUCAUUAUUUAACUAUUACAGCGCCUAUUUAUGAUCAUGGGCCAGAAAGUUCCUGUCUUUUAGGCUCAACCCUUUGUGGAUAUUUUAAUUAUGAUACUUGGACACUAUCUUUAACUAUUUGGAUUCUUAUUCAAUUGACAUGGUCUAUAUUCUUACUAGGUGUACAGUUAUAUCAAAUUGCAGUUGCAAUGACAACAAAUGAAAGUGCAAAUAUUAACAGAUAUACCUAUAUGAAUGUGGAUCGUAAUGGACUCAUGUCUAAUGUAACAGUAGGAGGAACUACUGAGGGAUCUGAUGGACCUUCUAUUGAGGGCACUGCUCAUCAUCAUCAUCAUAAACAUGCAAAUGGAUUCUGCCCUUGCUUACAAUUAGUUGCAGGAGCUAGAGCAUUACAUAAAGCACGUAACAGUACUAUCAAAGGCAAUGUAUUUGAUCAUGGAUGUUGGAACAAUUGUUUAGAAUUUUGGUCUGAAGAUGACAAUAUUAACUAUUUUGAACUUUACGAUAUUCACCAACUUACUAAACAUUCAACCAUGAAUGUAUAAAAUACCCCCCACACACUACCCCUCUAUUUCAAAUAAACAUACAUGAAUAUUUAAUUAAA